GGAUAUUAAUAACAUUAAUUUCACAAUCGACAACUUAUUUUCUUAAAAAUACCCUUCUUCAACUAUGUGUAUGUGCUUUUUUCAUUCACAUAAGCUACAUUCCUUCUACGAUGUAUUAUGGCGACGUAAUGGAUGCUGUAAAAAGCACCACAAUAAGUGCUGAAACUUCAGUAACCUUAUGUAUAGUUCAAGCAAAAUUAACUACUUUUUUUUCUUAUCCACUACAAAUAUUGCCAAUAGCUUUAACAAUCAAUUUAUGGUUCGCUGUAGUGAAAUAUAAUGUUAGAAUUGAACAAAAAUAUUUUUGGUGGUGCACUGGAUUUAUUUGGGGGUGGACAAUUUUUUAUAAUAUCAUAAGUUUAAUACUUGAUACCAAAGAAAAAAAUUCAAACGUUAGCGCAAAUGAAUUCUUUUGCAUACAAUCUUUUAAAUUAAUGUGGAUUUGGUAUUGCUAUUUGACAUCAAUGCUUAUUCUAACCACCAUCUCGUUAGUUAUUACAGUCCAUUCUGGUAUUGUACUUUGGUCUCGUUGGAAAAUUUUUACACACAGGCAGAGUAGGAAUACAGCUAUUAAAUUAGGACUAGCUAGUCGCUUAGUAGUUCUAUGUUUUAUAUAUUUAAUUUCAUUAACAAUAUCAUUGUUGUCAUCGUUAAUGAAAUAUCUUAAUAAAAAAACUAGUGGGUGGUCGAUUGUUGCUGAUUUUUCUAGUUGCUUAAUUGGAACAAUAAUUUUUCUAAUAUUUGGAACAACAAAAUCUGCUGCAAUAUUUUUGCCAUGUUGCUAUUAUGUACCUCCAAACGACCUAUUUUCGGAUCAAUCGAGACCCAGUCAAAAUGAUGCUAAUCUUUCAUUUCAACUUCAAAACUUAAGGUCAAAUGGAAAUCAAUUACGGCUUCCCUCAGGAUCGAUUGAUUUGAAUAUACUUGUACCUGAUAGUCCCGGCGCUGGUUCAAGUUUUUUAACUAGUUCGAGUCAAAAUAUAGCGACAGAAGACCUUCCACCUUUACCUAGGUCUCCACCACCAUUACCUUCACCUACAAUGCCUCUAACGCGAGAUAGUUAUCGAAUGCAUGAAUUACAACGAGAUGGCUAUUCAAAUUCCGGUCAACUUUUUGAUGAUUGGUAUAAAAUUGAAGGCAAUGAAGAUGAUGAAAAUGUAUAA